AUGCUACUUGCUAGCUGUCGAUGGAAGAAAGGUUAUAAUCCAGACCUAUCCUUUACAAGUGAACGAAUAUCAUGCCAAACCAAGAAGAGAGUCCUAGAGCCAAUACCACAUUCACAACACAGACCAAUAAUCGUUGACAUUACUGCUGCUGUGGUACCUCAGAGAGUUCCCCUUCGACGCCGUUUCAAUUUUUGUAAAGCUGACUGGGAGAAGUUCGCCAUCGAUCUAGAUGAAGCUUUAUCUGAUCUUGACCCAGUCCCGGCAAACUACGACCAAUUCGUCCGGACUGUACAGGAGAUAUCCAGGAAGCACAUUCCACGUGGAUGUAGGGAAAACUACAUACCUGGAUUAUCAGCUGAAAGUGCCUUGAUGUACAAGGAGUACAUAAAACCCUACGAGGAAGACCCCUUUUCAGAGGAAACCUUGAGUGCAGGUGAGCUCCUCAUGGCAGCAAUAUCAGAAGAACGGAGGAAGUCUUGGCAAGAUCUCAUUGAGGGUGUUGAUAUGACGCACAACAGUAAGAGAGCUUGGUCUACCAUUAAGAAAAUCAGUAACGAUCCCAGGAAGUCUACACCCCAUUCUAAUGUUACUGCAGAUCAGGUUGCCCACCAACUUCUCCUGAAUGGCAAAUCGGCACACAAGAAACGCCACAAAAGGAAUCCUUGGCCACAGGUUGACACAGAAUCUACCUGGUACUUUGACAACUUGGAACUCCAGACGGCUAUCGACUCCCUUAAGAAUGGCAAGGCAGCUGGUCUUGAUGACAUACCCCGUGUGAUUGCUAUCCUCAAGCCAGGGAAAGACCCUAACGAAGCAAAGAGCUACAUACCAAUCUCUCUGUUGUGCCACCUCUUCAAGCUCUUUGAGCGCCUCAUCCUGAACAGACUGGGGCCAGUCACAGAACAACACCUGAUACCAGAGCAAGCAGGUUUCCGGCCUGGAAGAUCGUGCACUGGCCAAGUGCUAAAUCUAACCCAGCACAUCGAGGAUGGUUUCGAGAAGAAUGAACCGACUGGAGUUGUGUUCGUCGACCUGACAGCUGCCUACGACACUGUUAACCACCGUAUACUUCUCGACAAGCUCUAUACCAUGACAAAGGACUCCCAUCUGACUAAGCUUAUUCAAAUGCUCCUGGAAAAUAGACGCUUUUAUGUUGAACUUAACGGGAAGCGCAGCAGAUGGAGGAAACAAAAGAAUGGUCUACCUCAGGGCAGCGUACUUGCUCCUGUCCUAUUUAAUGUUUACACCAACGACCAGCCAGUGUACCCAGGGACAAGAAGCUUCAUCUAUGCUGAUGACCUUGGCAUAGCAGCCCAGAAUUCCCACAUAGACAAGAUAGAAACCACUCUUUCAUCAGCCCUAAACAACCUGACAGACUACUACAACAACAACCAUCUGAAGGCUAACCCUGCCAAGACCCAGGUUAGCUUGUUCCAUCUCCGCAACUACAAUGCUGGGAAGAAGCUGUCCCUGAAAUAG